GUGCAGGGGGUUCCAGCCCUGUGCUCCUUGGCUCAGGAGAUGUGCAGGGGGUUCCAGCCCUGUGCUCCUUGGCUCAGGAGAUGUGCAGGGGGUUCCAGCCCUGUGCUCCUUGGCUCAGGAGAUGUGCAGGGGGUUCCAGCCCUGUGCUCCUUGGCUCAGGAGAUGUGCAGGGGGUUCCAGCCCUGUGCUCCUUGGCUCAGGAGAUGUGCAGGGGGUUCCAGCCCUGUGCUCCUUGGCUCAGGAGAUGUGCAGGGGGUUCCAGCCCUGUGCUCCUUGGCUCAGGAGAUGUGCAGGGGGUUCCAGCCCUGUGCUCCUUGGCUCAGGAGAUGUGCAGGGGGUUCCAGCCCUGUGCUCCUUGGCUCAGGAGAUGUGCAGGGGGUUCCAGCCCUGUGCUCCUUGGCUCAGGAGAUGUGCAGGGGGUUCCAGCCCUGUGCUCCUUGGCUCAGGAGAUGUGCAGGGGGUUCCAGCCCUGUGCUCCUUGGCUCAGGAGAUGUGCAGGGGGUUCCAGCCCUGUGCUCCUUGGCUCAGGAGAUGUGCAGGGGGUUCCAGCCCUGUGCUCCUUGGCUCAGGAGAUGUGCAGGGGGUUCCAGCCCUGUGCUCCUUGGCUCAGGAGAUGUGCAGGGGGUUCCAGCCCGUGUGCUCCUUGGCUCAGGAGAUGUGCAGGGGGUUCCAGCCUGUGUGCUCCUUGGCUCAGGAGAUGUGCAGCAGUGCAGGGGGUUCCAGCCUGUGUGCUCCUUGGCUCAGGAGAUGUGCAGCAGUGCAGGGGGUUCCAGCCUGUGUGCUCCUUGGCUCAGGAGAUGUGCAGCAGUGCAGGGGGUUCCAGCCUGUGUGCUCCUUGGCUCAGGAGAUGUGCAGCAGUGCAGGGGGUUCCAGCCUGUGUGCUCCUUGGCUCAGGAGAUGUGCAGCAGUGCAGGGGGUUCCAGCCUGUGUGCUCCUUGGCUCAGGAGAUGUGCAGCAGUGCAGGGGGUUCCAGCCUGUGUGCUCCUUGGCUCAGGAGAUGUGCAGCAGUGCAGGGGGUUCCAGCCUGUGUGCUCCUUGGCUCAGGAGAUGUGCAGCAGUGCAGGGGGUUCCAGCCUGUGUGCUCCUUGGCUCAGGAGAUGUGCAGCAGUGCAGGGGGUUCCAGCCUGUGUGCUCCUUGGCUCAGGAGAUGUGCAGCAGUGCAGGGGGUUCCAGCCUGUGUGCUCCUUGGCUCAGGAGAUGUGCAGCAGUGCAGGGGGUUCCAGCCUGUGUGCUCCUUGGCUCAGGAGAUGUGCAGCAGUGCAGGGGGUUCCAGCCUGUGUGCUCCUUGGCUCAGGAGAUGUGCAGCAGUGCAGGGGGUUCCAGCCUGUGUGCUCCUUGGCUCAGGAGAUGUGCAGGGGGUCCCAGCCCGUGGCUGCUCUGUGCCCCUGGACCCGGCCGUGCUGCCAUCCCCAGCGCUGUCCGUCUGUCCUGCCCUGUGCUGGCAGCACUCCUGCCUCUCCUGGCUCCUUGCCUUUCCUGUGCAGCCCUGGGCAGCUCGGGGUGUCCCCAGCCCAGCCCCUGGCAGGGCUCAGUGCAGGGCUGCCCUCCCUGCCCCUCUCCCCGAGUCCCUCCAGCUAUUUAUUCAUCCAGAUGAGCCAAUGUGGUGAAGUCCAGAAGAGCAAACUCGCUCCUGAGCGUCCAUGAGGUCACUUUUGGUAAGCUUGACAGUAGUUUGUGCAAGUGUCUUACUUUACCCUUCUCAUCUAAUAGCUUUAAUAUUAAACUGUUUAAAAGAGAGAUCUGUUGCAGCCCUGAAGAAAAAGGUUCUUUGUUUCUGAAGAGCGGAGUCCUUUUUUUAAAAAUGCAUGUGUAAGAUUUAAAUUCCUGUUUUUCCUUGGGAGAUAAUGGUAUUUGAACAUGCAGUCUCAACUUCUUUGUGCUUUGUGUAACAUAGCAGUGGACUUUUGUGAUUGGCACCCAAGGAACUCGACUCCUGGGAUUCAUGGUAGUGAUCCUGGCUGCACUCUGGACUUUGUUUUGCUAACCAUAAUUGAGCAACUGUACAUUACUGCGAUAUUAAUGUUUCAAAGCACUGGGAUAGUCUAAUUCUAACUUGUAAUUAUGUUUGCCAAUUAUCUGUUUGGAAAGUUGGUGUAUGAACAGCUUCUUGAAACUGUUAAAUUGUACAGAUAUCGUUCAUGAUCUGAAGCUUUGUACUGUGGAAUGUGC